AUGACGGAAAAGCAGACACUACCCACACACUUCCAGCCUCUGCACUAUUCCAUUGAGCUCGACUGUCUUGAAGCAAACGCCAAGAAGUUUAAUGGCAGGGUCUCUAUCGAUUUCAAGGUGCGGCAAGCCUGCAAUAAGGUUUACCUUAACACUAGGGACCUCGAAAUAGACUCUGCGAGCAUCGUUAAGAGAACCCGUGAAUUCAUUGGCUUAAUGGCUCAGGAUUAUGACCCUGUCAAUGAGGUGACGGUUCUGACAUUUGCUAUGGAACUGCGCGAUGAUUUCACUUUGGUACUCAACUACCGUGGAUUAAUCCAGACCAACAUGACGGGCUUUUACCAAUCAGAAUACAGUGACGCUACUACUGGUGAGACCAAGACCAUGCUCUCUACGCAGUUUGAAGCCACUGAUGCCCGAAGAGCCUUUCCCUGUCUUGACGAGCCCUUACUCAAAGCUACUUUUGACGUAAGCAUAACCGCUAGCUCUGAGUUGGUUGUUCUCUCAAACAUGCCUUCGAGGCACACCGAGGUUUCCUCGGAUGGCAAGACCACGAAACAUAAUUUCCACAGGACCCCUAAAAUGUCUACAUACCUAGUAGCUUGGGCUCUGGGCGAAUUCGAAUACAUUGAAGGACAUACAGAGAACCGUAUUUACCCAGCUAACCCGGGAUGUGGAGCAGAGCGCCAAAAACUCCCGAUCAGAGUCUACACUUCUCAGGGUAAGUCACACCAGGGAGCGUUCGCUUUGGGAGUUGCUAGCAAAGUGAUAGAUUACUACUCGCGCUUAUUUGACAUUCCAUACCCAUUACCUAAGCUGGAUCUGCUUUGUGUUGAAGCUUAUUCUCACAAUGCGAUGGAGAACUUUUCUCUGAUUACGUUUAGACCAACUGCGUUACUUCUCGAGGGUGACGUUGCUUCCGCUGACCCACUCGCGCUACAAAAGAUUGCUUACGUGGUCUCGCAUGAAAUUGCCCAUCAAUGGUUUGGUAAUCUUGUAACUAUGAAAUGGUGGGAUGAACUUUGGCUCAAUGAAGGUUUCGCCACCUGGGUUGGCUACCAUGCCAUAUCCGAGUUUUUCCCCGAAUGGGACGUUCCUUCUCUCGUCAUGCUUGACUCGCAUGAAGUUGCUCUUCAGCUGGAUUCUUUGGCCGAAUCCCAUCCGGUUAAGGUGCAUGUCAAAAAUGCCAAAGACAUUGACCAAGUCUUUGAUGCCAUUUCCUACCUUAAGGGUUGCUCUAUCCUCGAGAUGAUAAGCGAGUAUGUCGGAGUUGAGAAGUUUGUGGGCGGCGUUUCGUUGUAUUUGAAGCGAAAUGUGUUUUCUAAUGCAACCAUGGAAGACCUUUUGGGAAGCAUUGGUGAAGUAUGUGGAUGUGACAUUCUGGCUCGGCUCCAAAAUUGGAUUUUAAACAUAGGAUUUCCGCUUCUCAAAGUUCAAACUGCAGAUGCUGGCGAAGUCGAAUUAUGUCAAGAAAGAUUCCUCUCUACUGCGGUGCAUAGUGAAGAUUCGACUGUAUGGUGGAUCCCAUUAAUGACACAAGGCAAUUUGCAAAACCGAAAGCUUGAACUUUGGGAGAAAAGCUCCUCAUUCAAGGUUCCCGAAGAAGGUCUCUUGCAUUUCAACGCCGCUGGCUUCGGAUUUUAUCGAGUUAGUUAUGAAGAUAAAAGACACCUUUACAGAAUAUGCGACAACCUCGAAUUUAUACCAUCUCGUGGAAAAAUCGGGCUAUUGUCUGACGUCCAGACAACCGAGUCUGCUAGCGUGCUACUUGAAGUGCUAUCCUAUUUUUCGCGUGCUUUAAAGCGCGAAGAUGGCUACGUUUGGGUAAUGGUUUACAACGUUUGUGCAAGCCUUUUGUUACUUUCCUACAAAUCCAGUUCACUUGAAGCAUUUAACAAAAUUAAGACCUUUGUCUUGUCAUUAUUGGAGCCACUGAUAGAUGAUGCUCUGGCAUACUUGUGCGAUCCCUCUUCUGUUUCUUCUAACCAGUCGGAUGCCCAUCGCUCUUCGAGGACAAGAUUCUACGAUCAAGCCUUACUUGUUGCGGGCGCUUUAUCGCAUGAGAAAGUGGUACAGAACUGUCAGGAAAUCUUCAGAAGAAACUUGGUUACACCAGCCACGAGGAAAGUUGUCCUAUCGACGAUACUGUCUCAGCCAAAAGCGCCAGAGUGCUUAUUCGAUGAGGUUGCGGCUGAACUGGAUACUGCGACUUUGGCUCAUAAAGAGACUGUUAUUGCUGCACUCGGAAAAGUUCAAAAUCCGGCCUUAUUUCAAAAAUCUCUUCAGCUGAUAUUUAGGCUGCAAAGCAUGGACGUGCAGUUCUUGACCGCGGCAUGGGCCACGAAUCCUUUCAUCUGGGAGUAUGUCUGGCCAUUUGUGAGAAACAACUACGAUUCGAUCCACAAACACAUAAGCGCUAAUCCCACUGUCAUUGAAAGGUUCGUCAGGAAUGUGCUCAACUGCUUAGUGGGGCCUUCGCUGAAGAAAGAUGUUGAACGUUUCUUUGAAGGGAAAGAUGUGGCCGCUUUUGACAGAGCUUUGCAUCAGGGGCUAGAGAUCAUCGAAAAGAAUACGCUUUACGUCAAGAAAAACUUUGAGAGCUCUGCAUCUGCAUAA